AUGCUAGGACCUGAAUAUCUACAAGAAGUACAGAGACGAGUAACUGUGAUCCAGGAAAGAAUGAAAGCAGCUCAGAACAGACAGAAAAGCUAUGUCGAUAACGAAUGUAGGAAUUUAGAGUUUGCAGUAGGAGAUUGGGUAUACCUCAAAGUAUCGCCCAUGAAAGGAGUCAUACAUUUCGGCAAGAAGGAAAAGUUAAACCCCCGAUGUGUAGGACCCUACGAGAUAGUCGAAAGAGUUGGUCAAGUAGCUUACAGAUUGGAUUUGCCAGUAGAGAUGCAGGGAAUACACAAUGUGUUUCAUGUAUCAACUUUGAAGAAGAGUUUCAGAGAAAAACGGCCAGUAGUUAUGAAGUCCGAUGAGAUUCAGCUUCAACCCAAUUUGUCUUAUUCAGAAUGGCCAGUACAGAUCGUGGAUCGUAAGGAAUAG